CAUCCCUUUUAUUUUCUUCUCUCCCAAAUUCUGCUCAAAUCUUUGGUGAUGGAGCAAAAACUCUGAACUCGGCUCCGGUGGAAAUGAGAGGCAAAGUUAUGCAACACCACUGAAACCUGAUCGGACAAAUAUUGAAGAAGAACUUGGCUGCAUUAGGCUCUUCAUUUUUGGGAUUUGAAGAGUAUUUGCUCUUGGUUUUUCAUUUUUCUCAAAUUACUUCUAUGAAAGUUGCCAAAUCUCACUGUAUAGAACUAUAGGCCAUGAUUUUCUCUAAGAUUUCUAACAUCAGACCAUUCUCUACCUUCCUUUUGCCUGCCAAUUCUCAAUCUCUCUCCCUUGUUUCUCUAUUGAAGAGUGGUUUCACUCCCACCACCACUCACUUCAAUCAAUUCCUCCUCUUCCUUUCUAAAUCCAAAAGAUUCAAACUUAUCAUAGACUUGGUGAAAUCGAACCAAUUCAAGGGAGACUCCAAGACACGCAGAAUUUUCAUACAAGCCCUUGUCAAAGAGGAUAAAUAUGAUGAGGCAGUUCAGUACUUGAAGGGGAAGAAUACCCAGAUGCAGAAAAGCCUAUUUGAUUCAUUAAUUCAACCCCUCUGUAAAAGAAACCCCGAAAAGGCGCUUUACAUACUGCAGGAUUGUUCAGUGAGUGAUGGUGUUUUGCUUUCUUCGUACACUUUCUCUUCAUUGAUUUGCUGUUUAUCUAGUCAGGGAAAGAUGGAUGAGGUUAUUCAAGUGAUAGAGUUGAUGAACAAUGAGAAAAAUAAAUACCCAUUUGAUAAUUUUGUAUGUAGUUGUGUGAUUUCUGGGUUUUUGAGUGUUGGAAAGGCUGAGCUUGCGGUUAAGUUCUUUGAGAAUGCUGCGAGCUUAGGUUAUUUGAAGCCCAACGUUGUUACUUAUACAGGACUAUUAAGUGCUUAUAGUAGGUUAGGAAGAAUCAACGAGGUUUCGGAUUUGGUUGCUAGGAUGCAGAUAUAUGGAUUAGAAUUAGAUGUUGUGUUUUACAGUAAUUGGAUACAUGGGUAUUUUAGGGAAGGAGCAAUUGAAGAGGCACUCUGCAGACACAAUGAUAUGGUGUGUAGGAGAAUUGAGUUGGAUACAAUAAGCUAUACAAUACUUAUUGAUGGGUUUUCAAAGGAGGGGCAUGUGGAGAAAGCAGUUGGUUUCCUAUACACAAUGAAAAAACGUGGUCUGCAACCUAAUUUGGUUACUCUUACAGCAGUGAUAUUAGGAUUUUGCAAGAAACGGAAACUAUGUGAGGCGUUUGCAGUGUUUAAGAUGGUUGAAGAUUUGCAGAUUGAAGCUGAUGAGUUUAUCUAUGCAGUGUUAAUUGAUGGUGUGUGCAGAAAGGGUGAUAUAGAACGCGCAUUUGAGCUGCUCGGUGAAAUGGAGAAGAAAGGCAUAAAAGCUAGUGUUGUCACAUACAACACCAUUAUUAAUGGAUUGUGCAAAGCAGGGAGGAUGAUUGAGGCUGAUGAUGUGUCUAAGAGAAUCCCCGGAGAUAUUAUCACAUAUAGUACGUUGUUACAUGGUUAUAUGCUAGAAGAAAAUGUCACAGGAAUGCUAGAAACAAAAAAUCGAGUUGAAGCAGCUGAUGUUUCUUUAGAUGUUACUAUGUGCAACUUGCUUAUAAAAGGCCUGUUUAUGAUGGGGUUGUUUGAGGAUGCUCUUUCCAUUUAUAAGAAAAUAUCGGAUAUGGGCUUAACUUCCAAUUUUGUUACUUACUGUACAAUGAUUGAAGGUUACUCAAAAGUAGGAAUGCUAGAUGAGGCACUUGAAAUAUUUGAUGAAUUUCGGAAGGCAUCUAUAACUUCAGCUGCAUGUUACAAUUGCACCAUUCAGGGGCUUUGUGACAAUGACAUGCCGGACAUGGCAGUUGAAGUAUUUGUUGAACUAAUAGAUCGAGGUCUGCCUUUAAGUACAAGGAUUUAUAUGAUAUUGAUCAAAAAGAUCUUUGGAGUUAAGGGUGCUGAUGGAGUUGUAGAUUUGUUUCAGAGAUUGGGAAGAAUUGAGCACGAAAAAUUUGGUUCAUUGUGUAGCGAUGCUGUCUCUUUCCUGUGCAACAAAGGAUUAUCAGAGGCUGCAUUCGAUCUAUUAAUGGUGUUCCAAAGUAAUGGUUUUGUACUAAGCAAGAACUCUUACUAUCUUAUAAUGAGAUCUCUUCUCUAUGGUGGCAAAACCUAUUUGACUGGCCUCCUUUUGACAACAUUCAUAAAAAAUUAUGGGAUGUUUGAGCUUAGAGAAAAGGAGAUACUUGUGUACUUUCUUUGCAUAAAAAAUGUAGAAACUGCACUCCGGUUUCUUGCUACUAUGAAAGGUGACGUAUCUGCGGUAACUUUUCCUGCUAUAGUUUUGAGGACACUGACAAAAGGUGGCCGAUAUCUGGAUGCUUUUGACCUUGUUGUGGGAGCGGGAGAUAAGCUACCACUCUUGGAUGUGGUUGACUACUCAAUUGUUAUUGACGGCCUUUGCAAAGGAGGACAUAUUGACAGGGCAUUAGAUCUCUGUAAUUUCGCCAAGAAUAAAGGAAUUUCUUUCAAUAUUGUAACCUACAACUCAGUUAUCAAUGGGUUGUGUCGUCAAGGGUGCGUGGUUGAAGCUUUUCGGUUAUUUGAUUCAUUAGAAAAGAAUAAUAUAGUUCCUUCAGAAAUCACAUAUGGUAUACUCAUUGACACUUUAUCAAAAGAAGGUCUUUUAGAAGAUGCGAGGAGGUUGUUUGAGGAAAUGUCUCUAAAGGAUCUUAGACCGAAUACUCGCAUAUACAAUUCAUUAAUUGAUGGAUGCAGCAAGUUAGGUCAAGUCCAGGAAACUUUGAAGCUUCUUCUUGAUUUGCAAGCUAAAGGCCUAACUCCAGAUGAAUUCACUGUCGGUGCAGUACUUAACAGCUAUUGUCAGAAGGGUGACAUGGAGGGAGCUCUUGGGUUCUUUUCUGAGUCCAAAAUGAGAGGUACACUACCUGAUUUCUUGGGUUUCAUGUACUUGGUGAGAGGCUUAUGUGAUAAAGGAAGGAUGGAAGAAUCUCGAUGCAUUUUGAGGGAGAUGUUUCAAUCAAAAUCUGUCAUUGAUCUUCUUGAUAGAGUUGAAAGUGAAAUUGAAACAGAGUCAAUUAGAAGUUUUCUUUCUCUGUUGUGUGAGCAAGGAAGCAUCCAAGAGGCAGUUAAUAUUCUCAAUGAAGUGGUGUCCAUGUUUUUCCCUGUUAGAAAGAAGAGAGUCGAUUCUAAAGACUCAUCCUGCAAAUACAAAACAGAUAUAGACUCCAGAUCAUGCGAGAGUUGGAAAUUGGUGAAGGCAUCAAAUAACCGUCAUAAUCAAGACACUCAAAUAACGCAGUUCCUCGACUUCAAUUCUUAUUAUUCUUGUAUUGCUUUAUUGUGUUCAAAAGGGGAGUAUGAUAAUGCUAAUGAUGUGGCAAAAAUUGUUACUGGUUUCACGUAGAGCUUAUUUGUCUUUAGACAAAAUUGACUAGCUUCUCUAGAUAUGGUUUGAGCUCUUCUUGCCGGAACAAAGAACCAUACAAUCAUACAAGAGCUAUAUUGGGUGGAAAAAGAAUUGGAAGCCUAAGGGUGUGGCCUAGUGGUCUAGGAAGUGGUUGAGAAUCUUGCGGUCUCAGGUUCAAAACUCAACGGAGUCAAAAAAACAUUAUGUGAUUCUACACAUCUCUCUUGGCCUUGGUGGACAGAGUUACCUGAUACCUAUUGCUGGUGGGAGGUAUCCCGUGGAAUUAGUCGAGGUGUGCAAAAGCUGGCUCGGACACCACGGUCAUAAAAAAAAGUCUUGGCCUCUAAAGCUAGGUGUUAGGAAACUUGGCACGAUGGAUAAAGUAGUAUUCUUUCUAAAGCAGAAGCACAGGGGAAUUUGAACCUUCUUGCAAAGGCCAUUCAAGACUGUGGCAACUUUGUGGCAUUUUAUCUGCACUUUUGCAGACUAUACAUAAAGCUUUAGGCGAUGUCUCACUGUCAUUCCCAGUGUUAUUGCAUUAAUUUUACAUGUCACUUUUACAGACUAUACAUAAUAUUUGCACACGUCACUUGUUUGGUUAUAAAUUUCUUUCCCUUCUGCUUUCAUCAUUCAAAAGGUGAGUUGGAACGAGUAUUUAUCCGUUAAGGUAAAGCUUAUUUCAUUGUUGUUACUUGUAGCUCCUGUUGCAGUAUUAGUGAGACAGAUGAGACUAGUGACUCAGCGACCUAGCUUAUUACAUACUGUGUUACAGUGUUUGAUGACAUUGAUAAAUUAAACACCACUGUCUUUGACAUUAUCCUACAGAUUUUCGAGAGUGGGUCAUAUUUGGAUUUCCCUUGGAAGACAGAUUGCUUUAUGGGAUGUUCUGGUUAUCUUGGCAUCGAGGAUUGGAAGUGAAAGAUGUUCUGAUUGCAUGUGUCUAGGUGAAUCUGGGAAAUUUGCAAGCCACCUUUCAAGCAUUUUUUACGAGUACUCAGAAGAUGCAAAAAGACAAACCAUGAUUGCAAUUUAUAUGAAUAUAUUUAACUGAGGGAGAGAAGCGAUUCUAGCCUGGGUUUUCUCUAUUCCUUGGAUGACGUGAUUGUUUUUCUUCAGUUUUCUAUCACUAAUUAUGUGUAUUUUCAGGCUUCAAGCUAGCCCCUCCUUGUGAGAAAAAAAAAGUGGCUGUUUUCCAUCUGCAGUUUUGUCUCGAUAUGUUUGGACGAAUAAUAUUGUUGUUACAGUAUUGAAGGCAGGCAUGUAAACAGUUCUGCGGGGAAGUUAGUACUUGGGAUUUGUUAGAGUGGAUGGCAAUCACUUGUUGAGAAUGAUUCUGAUCUGUAGAAGGCGCUUUGGUGGGGACCUUCAUGGACAGUAAGAGAUUGCAGUCAGUUUGAUAAUGAUGGAGUGACAUUGCUUCUUUGGCUGGAUCACUUGGAUAUGGUGCAUACAACGCUCGAUUUCUUCAUUCUGGAUUUCUCCAUUCCUUCCCUAUGUCUUUCUAGAAACCGUCUAGGUAAUUUGCGCUAUACAAAGUUCAUGAUGCAGAAGUCAGAACUCAUUUGGUUCGUCCUAUUGGUGCGACCCAUCCAAAAUAAGUAUCUUCAAAUAAAUGUGAGAAUUCCAAUGACUGUAAUUGUCUUUUUUUGUUAGCCUAUAGAUAACAGAAUAGAUGCUUACAGUGAUAUGCUUUAGGGCACAAACAAGUUAUCCUUCAGAACUCAGGAUUAUAAGACCUUAAGAGAGUCAUUUUUUUUUUCCAUAUUGAAAAGAUCAAGUUUAGUAAAUAUACAAGUUAAAUAUAGAUUACUUUUA